AUGCUCCCCGCGGCCAGACCGCGCGUGCUUUUGAUAUUCUUGGAUUUUGGUCACGGUGAGGGAUACCGAAGUGGAACGAACGGUGGCGCGGCGUGCCGCACGGAGAGGAUUCGACGCUCUGGAGCGGGCAGCGGACGGAGACUCCGAGUCUUUCUUGUGUACUACGACAUGCACUGUGCUAACAUUCUACUGCUCCUGUCCCUCUCCGCCCUCUCCGCCGGCGCUGUCCCGGCGUCGGUCCUCGGCGCGGCGACGGACCUGCUCGACGCCAGCCACAUGCUGCACUUCCUCGGCGUCGUCGACGCGUUCGGGCACGUGUCCGUGCGCAGCCCCGCGAACGCGAGCGAGUUCCUCCUGUCCGCCGCGGUCGCGCCCGCACAGGCCACCGCCGCGGACAUCGUCACGUACGACAUCGCCAACGCCACCGCGCGCCAGGUCACGCUCAACGCGUCCGCGGCGAUCCCGGCCGGGUUCGCGGAGCGCUUCAUCCACUCCGAGAUAUACAAACGCUUCCCGGACGCGCACGCCGUCGUGCACGCGCACACGCCCGCCGUGCUCCCCUUCGCCAACCAGCCGACCAUCGCGUUGGUCGCCCAGAUGCACACCGCACCUGCCCUCGGCCCGGGCGCGCCGGUGUUCGACACGCGCGCCCUCCCGCCGGCGGUCCUCCCGCCCGACGCGCCGCACGACCUGCUCGUCCGGACCGCGGCGCUCGGGGCCGCGCUCGCGGGGGCGUUCCGCGCGGACAGCCGCGUCGUGCUCAUGCGCGGACACGGGAUGGCGCUCCGGGCGGGGACGCUGCGGCAGGCGGUGUUCGACGCGUACUACGUCGCGGAGGACGCGGCGGUGCAGCUGCAGGCCGCGCUCCUCGGCAUGGGGCACGCCGCGCCGAUCGGGCUCGACGCAAGAGAGGUCGCCGACGCGUCGGACACCGUGCCGACCCUCGUCGGGCGCGCGUGGGCUCUCUGGGCGGCACAGGUCGACGGCGCCGCGCUGUACGUCAACGACCUCCGCCGCCACGCGCCGCCCGCGCCCACCGGCUUCUAG